GUGUGUGUAUAUGUAUUUAUUUUUAUUUAUUUAUUUUCUCUAGCUGCCACUGCUGAUUUUAGCGUGUUAAAAAGCCCGCAAAAUCAAAUCUUCAGAGCUGGAAAUUGGCCUAUUCCUGGAGAGCGCAUUCCUGAUGUGGUGUCCUUGUCAAUGGGCUUUUCUGUGGAGGAGAAUCUAUCUUGGCCGGGGCUAGGAGUUGGCGACAUUUUCCAGCGUCCACGGGCAACAGUUCUAGUUUCAGUGACUGGUGUGGAAAAAUUACCUGUAGGCGACAAUGAGAUUUCAUACCCAGUGGAGAAUGCUGUUCCCUACACUAUUGAUGGUGUUGUGAACUCUAUCCAUGCUCUGUUCUCUGAGGAAAUGCCAGUCGUUUUACAGUUGGCUCCCAUAGAGGAGAGAGUUUACAUGGUAGGGAAGGCCAAUACAGUGUUUGAAGAUCUUCCAGUUACUCUGAGACAGCUGAGAAGCCGUUUGGAACAAGAUAACUCUAUCCUCUCAUCUUUGCCUGCUAGCUCUUUAUAUAGGAAUGACGAGACAGACAGGCUCUUUCUUUCUGAACUGCAAGCUCUGCAGGACAUUACAACUCUGCUUUCUCGGCAUAAGCAUCUGGCCAAAGAUAAUUCUCCAGACAUUUAUUGUUUGGAACUCACUGGUUUAGAAGAGAUGAAGAAGCGUUAUGGUGAAGACUCUGUAAAAUUCAAGGAUGCAAGUAGACUUCUGUCAGAAGCACUUCAGAAGUUUGCAGAUGAUAUGUACAGUAUUUAUGGGGGAAAUGCAAUUGUGGAAGUUGUUGCUGUGGAAACAUUUGAAACCCCCCUUGUAAGGAAAAGCCGAUCCAUUCUGGAAUCGCAGGCUAUUAGUAACCCUGGAAGUCCAUACAACCUGGCCUAUGAAUAUAACUUUAACUACGCUGUUGUCUUCAACAUCAUCUUGUGGAUUAUGAUUGGCCUGGCUCUAGCAGUCAUUGCAGUCUCGUACAACCUAUGGAACAUGGACCCUGGUUAUGACAGCAUCAUCUACAGAAUGACCAAUCAGAAGAUUAGGAUGGACUAG